GUGACUCCAGCUGGAAUUCUCAAGAGCCACAAGGAUGUGACAGUGAAUAAUGAGUAGUUCCUACUGUGGCAACUCUUCAGCUAAGAUGAGUGUCAACGAAGUAUCAGCUUUCUCAUUGACUUUGGAGCAAAAAACUGGCUUUGCUUUUGUUGGGAUUUUGUGUAUUUUCUUGGGACUUCUUAUUAUCAGAUGCUUCAAAAUCCUGUUAGACCCGUAUAGUAGCAUGCCUUCCUCUACAUGGGAAGAUGAAGUUGAAGAGUUUGAUAAAGGGACAUUUGAAUAUGCACUUGCAUGACAGUUCCAGCUUCAUGGUUUUUAGUGUUGUGCUCUUGGGACACGUGGUGAAUGCAACUGUGAUUACCUUGAGUGUGCUG